AUGAUCAACCCGCUCAAGGUCAUGGCGAGCCUCAUGAAACGGUUCAAGAGGAAGCGCAGACUUUCGUCCGAGUUGCACUCUCGCUGGGGCGACCCGGCCAUCAGUUAUCCCAACGAGGGCUCCUGGAACCAAAGAAAUCAGCCUGGCUUCGCUGUCACCACUCCAGCGGAGCCACACCACCAUGACCGUCCAGAUGAGCCGCGGCGCUAUAUGCCAAUGAACAAUGGUCCGACACAGAGCAUCGGCCAUCCAAACGACCUUGGUUCUCACAGCAUCGACAUGCGAGACACGGUCGCCGGUCUGCCGAUUCCAAAAGGUUACUUUGACGAAAACAUCCGACACCGCACACGAAGAAGCUGCAGUCCACCCGCGCGAGGCUUGGGCAUUGAUGACCCGCGCAAAGAGCUACAACAAACACCAGAUAGCUCGGAUGAGGAGUCAUGCGACGAAGAAGACGAAGAAAGAGACACAUUCGGCGGCCCAGGAGGCUCGCUACGUCACACAGAAAUCCCGCGCCCAUCUCCCCAACUCGACUCAUAUAUGGAUCACUCUUCAAGAUCCCCUCCAUUAUCAGUGACUUCACGUAUGCGCCGAAUUAGCAUGCAAAGCUCGACGACCGAACACACGCCCUCGGUCGCUGGAACGACCAGCUCAAGACAUACGAGCCUCACGGCUGCAUCUUCUGUCUCGGCACCGUCACUUCCCCCGGACACGCCGCGAUAUGCAUUCAAUAACAUGCAUCCGGCACCCCUGGAAAAGCGACAUGCUCCCCGCCCGCGGCCCCGGGAACCCGAGCCUGCGUUUACGGUUCGUCAUGAGAUGGUGCCGUCCUACGAUGAACUCUAUGGAUGA